CACCCACAUGGCCUCCCCUCUUCUUGGUCACCUUCAGGAGUUCAUCUGGCAGACUCCUCGUGAGCAGAGGAAGGUGUGACUGUGGUGCCUCCGACCCCCCAGAUGUCCUCGGGAAUGAAGGCCAUGGGGGUUCUCGUGGUCUUUGCCUCCUGCCUGAUGGCCCCUGCCCACAGCAGCUUCUGGCAGUUUCAGAGGAUGGUCAAGUACAUCACAGGGCGGAGUGCCUUCUUCUCAUAUUACGGAUAUGGCUGCUACUGUGGCCUUGGGGGCAAAGGGAACCCCGUGGAUGACACUGACAGAUGCUGCCUGGCACAUGACUGCUGCUAUGAGAAGCUGAAGCAAUUCGGCUGCCAGCCUGUGCUGAACAGCUACCAGUUCCACAUCGCCCAUGGGUCCGUGGCCUGUGAGUAGCCCUCUCUGUAGGGAAAUGGCUUUGAACCUGGGCCUUUCCUUAAUGUCUGCCUCCCGGCAGAAGAGUGCUUUGAGACGGAAAGUGACCAUUCUAGGAGUCAAAGCUUCUCGGGAGUCUUUGCUUGGUCUCCAGUCUCUCCCGUCCAGCACCCUCUGGGAGCAUGGAGCAUGGUGCCUGGGGUAUAGUACCUGCUCAAUAAAUAGUGGCUGACUUGAGACGACGUGGAAUCUUGCAGCUUCGCCUGGCAACCGUUGCUGUUGAGAACAUUCCUCCUUAUGUCUGUCAUGUGUUAACAAAGCAGCUCGGCUGUCUUUCAGUUGAACAAAUAUUUGUUAAGGGCGACUCCACGCCAAGCGCUAGUAGGUGCCAUGGGGGACACAAAAGUAAAUAGGAGGGGGACGGGGAAGAGAACUCACAUGUCGUUGAGGCCAUUCAGGGAGGAGAGCAAAGGACAAGGGUGGGCAAGUACCGAGUGUCCCACACGUGGGGCGUGGCCCCUAAUAUCCCGGGGCAUGUUCUGGGGUUACCGGGGUGUGGGGUUUGUGUAGGGCAAGUUUGAAGAGCAAGCCCAUUUGAAGUCACUGGGCUGUAGCCUUCUCGCGAAUGCCGUUCAUUCCGGUGGAACCAGUGGUUUGAGUGCCCCUUAGGGCGACUGGCCUCCUACCCCGCCUUGUGGAGUUGCAUGAACCGCUUUCCUCCCCGUGUGUAUUCGUGCUCAGCUGUGAAUGUGUUGGAGUCCACCUGUCUCCUCCCGAGGUCGGGGAACCACCACCUCCCUUCCCUUCCCUCCCUCCCCCCUUAGGGAGGGUGCUCAGUGCCUAGACCCCAGGGCUCCCCAGUACCCCCCCACCCAGGGCCCCAGCUCAGGACACACCCAGAUUGACCAAGCAAUACAGCUGCACGGUCUCCCUGGUCCAGUGGUGAGACCUGAGCCAUGGGGAGCUGCUGGUGGCUCAGAUCCCUGCCAUCUGAGUCCAGAUACAGCCUGGUCUGUUUCUCAGCCUUCACAGCCUCUGGCCCCAGACACACUGUUGAUGGGGAGAACCCUCUUUCCAGCAUGAGCUCAAGGAGACUUCUGUGUUGGAGCUCUCUGGCCAUGACUGUGCUCACACCUAAAGCAGUGUCUCUUCUGGGA